AUGGCAGUCAACGAGAUAUAUCAGUACUCCCUGGUGAAUGCUCUCAUGAGCGGAGUCUCGGACUCUGGCAUCACAGUCGCUCAGCUCAUUGAAAAGGGUAAUGUCGGACUGGGCACCUUCGUCAAGAUGAGAGGAGAGCUGGUUCUUCUCGAUGGCAAGGUCUACCAGCUCCAGGCCGAGGGCAAUGUCCGAGUGGCAGGCCCCGACGAACAACUCCCAUAUGCAGUCUGCACCAAUUUCAGAGGUCAAGACACCGUCAACGUAACUCUCGAGGACAAAGACUCGGUCGAUGCUGUGUUGGAAAAAUUCAACAACCAUGCAAGCAAUUUGUUCAUGUCCUACCGCAUAGAAGGAAAGUUCAAAAAAGUAAAAUGCCGAACCGUCAAGGGCCAAGAAUAUGAGGACCAGCCUCUUUCUGAGCUUGGAAAGUCACAGUUCGUCGCAGAGUACGAAAACAUCGAAGGGACAAUCGUUGGCUUUCGUACACCCGAAGCAUGGCAAGGCUUUUUCGUCGCCGGCGAACACAUGCACUUCAUCUCCAAAGACCGCAGCGUGGGCGGACAUGUGCUACAACUCGCCGAUGCCGAUGUAAGUAUGGGCAUCGCGACGAUCAACAACCUCCACCUUGAACUACCGACCAGCGAGAAGUUCAACGCGGCAAAGAUGUCGACGGACGAUGUCGGCCUGAAAUCUGUCGAGGGCUGA